AUGCGAACUGCGCUCACACGAACAAGCCGAUUUGCGCAUUGCGACUCGAAUGCGUUCCACUCCAUACCGGCGUUUCUUUGCCCUGCGCUGCUCAGGCCUCCGAUAGCACAUCCAGCUCGCCGUGUCCAAGUCCCUCCGCCCCAACAGAAGUUCUCUACUCUCGGACGAGCGCGCCAGCAAGUCGCAGCUAGCGUCCCUUCCCCCGAAAUCAAUGAAACACACCCUCCAUGCACACAGUCCGAAGCUACUGCGCCCGGAUGCGGAGCUCCAACGCAACUGUACGACAAGGAGGAGGCCGGCUAUUACAACAUAGAUAGGAAAGCGGUGAAACAGUAUCUCGACUACGACCCGAGCAAACAGGUAGAGGAAGAGAAGGAGAGCGAUGUAUAUGCCAAGGCGCUCAAGCAGGUAGACCCCAAGCUGCUCGAGGAAAUAGGUCUCGACAAGGAGGUCCUAGAGGCGCCAACGCAAGUAGAGGAGAGCGCGCUGGAGACUCCUGUAUGCGACCGAUGUCAUAACCUCAUCCACCACCGGGUCGGGACGCCCAUUUUACAUCCGGCUGUCGAAUCCAUCCAGCAGACGAUCGCUGAGUCGCCACAUCGGCGCAACCACAUAUACCAUGUAGUCGACGCCGCCGACUUUCCGCUUUCCCUCGUUCCCAAUCUACAAUCCUCCUUGCGCAUACCGAAAUUGCGAACAAAGAACCGCCGCGCGAAGCACAAGGGAUGGGUAGCCAACGACCGCAUCGCAGAAGUCAGCUUCAUAAUCACCAGGUCAGAUCUGCUGGCACCGAAAAAGGAGCAGGUCGAUGCCUUGAUGCCAUAUAUACAAGAGGUGCUGCGGGAUGCACUUGGAAGGGUAAAUCAGAAGGCACGGUUAGGCAAUGUCAGAUUGGUCAGCGCAAAGCGGGGAUGGUGGACGAAGCAGGUCAAGGAGGAUAUAUGGGACCGAGGAGGCGCAGGUUGGAUGGUGGGCAAAGUCAAUGUCGGGAAAUCUAAUCUCUUCGAGGUUGUCUUCCCUAAAGGCAGAGGCGCCGACUUCGAGGAUAUUCGCAAGAUCCGGAGCGCUGCAGAGCGGGAAGAAAUGCUAAAGAACGCUAAAUCGGUUGACGAGUUGGCCCAAGUGCAGCAACAGCUCGCUGAAGAAGGCGCAGAGGAGGAGCACAGGAAAAUCCAACACCAGGAGCACAUCCACAAACCCCCCGAGCCGGACGAGCUGGAACCAGAGGAAGAAGAGGACUUCGACCCCGACUCGCUCCUCCCCCCACCGCAACCCUACACACCCUACCCUGUCCUCCCAAUCGCAUCCUCCCUCCCCGGCACCACCGCCUCCCCCAUUCGCAUCCCGUUCGGCCGCAAUAGAGGCGAGCUCAUUGAUCUCCCCGGCCUUGCCCGCACAAAUCCCGGUCUCGAAACCUUUGUGCAGCCCAGCGCGCACGACGACCUCGUAAUGAAGCACCGUAUCAACGCGCAGCGCUUCGUCCUCAAGCCCGGCCAAUCACUCCUCCUCGGCGGCGGCCUCAUCCGCAUUACGCCCGUAACCGAAGACCUUGUCUUCCUUAUCUAUCCCUUCGUACCCAUCGACCCGCACGUAACCCGCACAGACAAGGCUAUCGACCUACAAGCCCAGGUCAGCGACCGUAAUGUCUCCUCCAUCCUUGCCGAAGACGUCGGCCCGAAGAUGAAAUCAGCAGGCCGCUUCAAGCUGAAGUGGGACGCCACUAAAAAGCUCGCCGGCCCGCUCACAAGCCUCGUGGCUGCUAAAAUGCGCCCGGAGAACCUGCCCUUCCGCAUCUGGGGCACAGACAUCCUAAUCGAGGGCGUGGGCUGGGUCGAGAUCUCCGCACAGGCACGCCGUCCCCAGGGCUGGAAGGCCCCCGGCAUGGUCAAAAAGGACCCCAACUACGCACAGAAAGCGAAGCUGGAGGCGCAGCGGAACAGGCUGCUGGAGCGGCAGCGCAAAUACGAGGCCAAGGUCCGCGGGGAGGAGGACAUGGAAGAGGAAAGGAACUGGGAGGACGAGUUGGAAGAGGGAGAUUACCCUGAGGUCGAGGUAUUCAGUCCCUUGGGCAAAUACGUGGGGAGUAGGAGGCCUAUGUGUGCGAGUGUGUGGGGUGGGCCGAAGCAGAUUAGUAGUCGGGAGAGAGGGGCGAGACCCAGGCGGAGUAUGAGGAGUGUGAAGAGGCAGAGACAGCCGAAAGAGAAGGCGUUUGCUGAGUGAAAUUUGGGAUG